GCAGCCAAUCUGAAAGUAAGGUACGGUGGCGGGAGAGUGCAAAUUUUCCGUUCCAUGGCUAAGAAUUGCAAGUAUACUUGCAAUACUGCUAGUGAAACCCUAGAAUGGAUUCAUGCAAUUAUCAAAUUCAUAACACCUUAUCGAUACUUCUUAGAUGCUCAUGUUGUCAACUUUUUCAAGGAUAGACUAUGGGAAUCUGUUGAUAAAGAAUGGAUGAAUUGUUUACGGAAGGAGCCGGUUGAAAAUCUUCUCCGAAUUCCUUCUGGUGUGGUUCAGGAUCACUGGCCUGACUCACUUAAGGGGUUCAUCCUCACUCUGAGGUCUCUUUCUCUUUCACGUGAACAGGCAUUAAAUUUCACUUCUUCUGUUUGCUUGCAGGAAUUUUCAGGAAUGCACAGAGCUUCACUAAGUAAUGUUUUAGCUCAAGGCAUGAAUCAUAAGAAAAAACAUGAAGUCGAAGCCCUUUCUGCCCUGGUCAGCUUAGUUGCAAAGCAAGUUGGAGCGCGGACAGUUGUUGAUGUUGGCGCUGGACAGGGUUAUCUUGCACAAGUGCUUGCUUUUGACUACCAGCUUUCUGUAAUUGCGAUUGAUGCUUGUUCACAUCAUGGUAAGAUUACUGAUGCACGUGCGGAGCGAAUCAGGAAACACUAUGCAGCUAAGAUGCGUAAAAAUUGCUCCGAACACAGAGAGUUUAGUGUGCCAAAGACAGUUACAUGCCGAGUGCUGUCUUCUGACACGCUGAAGACCUUGAGUAACUCCCCAGUAGAGAAUGAUCACGCUGGGAAUCAAUAUUUGAGCCAAAAUUGUUCAGGCUCUCAUAGUGAUUCUACAUUGGUUAUUGCUGGACUUCAUGCCUGUGGAGACCUCUCGGUGACAAUGUUGAGGACAUUCUUGGAAUGUGACAAAGUUGAGGCGGUGAUUAGCGUUGGUUGCUGUUAUAACUUGCUUUCUGAGGAAGCCAUCGACAUAGCAGAAUCUUGUUGUGGUUUUCCUGUAAGCCAAGGUGUUAAAUCUGCUGGAGUAAUGCUCGACAAAAGUGCUCGUGAUCUAGCUUGUCAGAGUGCUGAUAGAUGGAGAGGCUUGGGUGAGCACGCAGGGCUUCACAACUUUGAGUUGCAUGAAUACCGUGCUGCCUUCCAGAUGGUUCUCUUCAGACAUUAUCCAAAUAUAUUGCUAGAAAGUCCGACAAUAGGGCGUCAAGGGAAAGCCUUACGACGCCAACAAAAUCAGAGGAUCCUGGAGUCUAAUUUACAUCACGGGACCCCUUCAGAAUCUGGUGAACCACAAGGGAGUGUGGAAUUUCCUCAUGAACACUCUUCUAUUCAGAGUUCUAUAAGCAGCGAGUCUAGAGCUGCUGAGAGAUACUCACUAUUUGUAAAAUUUUGUGAAUCUGGGUUAGAUCGCUUACAUCUCCCUCGUUUGGAGAAUACAGAUUACAGUAGAGUCUGGAGGGAGUCUAAAUCAUAUGCUGAGUUAAUAGGGCCUUAUUGGUCUCUUCGUGCUGCCCUGGGUCCCGUUUUGGAAACUCUUAUUCUGCUUGACCGAUUGGUGCUCCUCCAGGAGUAUGGCAAUGAUCUGGAAGCAAGCCUUUUACCUAUUUUCAAUCCUGUAUUAUCUCCGAGGAAUAUGGCUAUCAUCGCUAAGAAAAUUAGGAAGUAGAAAAUCUUCCAAGUCCCCCAAAAUGUGAUUUAACUUCUGUGGCUAUGGUUUGUUCUUGGAGUUUUAGACACUGUGUGUUAUCCUUUUUGGGAAAUCCUUUAACCAAGAAGGAACAAAUGAACAGUGGAAGAAAAAGGAAACGGAUUGGGGCAGGAACAAGCUAUUUACAGGGUCCUCGUGGAGGGAAGUAUUUACAUGGACCUAUUUGUGGUGAAACUGUAUUAUAUUUCUCUGUGCUGCUUUGUGAAUGGAAGUGAGAGAAGACUUAAUGUUGGUAGACGUUAGUGGAUGAUAGUCUCUAAUUGUGGCUUUUUUUUUCUUUUUUUCGUUCAAAAAUUUUAUUUACAGAUAUUUGUUCGUAAUGUGUGGGCUGAAAGAGUCUGUUUACACAUUUCAUCUCAACUUGUCUACCAUGUCUUUUCUCUUUGGUGAGAAGACAAGUCUGAGAAUCAGUGUGGUGGUUAUCAAUUGAACAAUUUUGCUUAAGAUGUGGAUUUGUUUAAUUUCAACCAGUUACCUUGUAUAAUCUUAUAUGUAUCCAACCUAUUGCUAACUUAGAUGUUUAGUAGUUUCAAAUUA